AUGGGAGUAAAAGGAUUAUGGUCAAUAGUAUCUCCAGCUGGAAUUCGUGUAAAUCCAGAAAUUUUUACAGGAAAACGAAUAGCAAUAGAUGUAAGUAUAUGGUUAUAUGAAUUGACAUAUGCUAAUAAUUUAAAAGUUCUUAAGAAUAAUUCUUUUGAUAAUUUGAGUAUUUUUAAUGAUUUAUGGAUAGAUUUUUCACAAAAUAUGAAUAACGAAAUAAAAACUGAUAAUUUAAAAAAAGCUCAUUUGUAUUUCUUUUUUUUAAGAAUAUGUAAAUUACUUUAUUAUAACAUUAGACCUAUUUUUAUUUUUGAUGGAAAUCCUCCAGAAUUAAAAAAAAAAACUAUAUUUCAAAGAAACCUAAAAAAGAGAAAUUACGAGGAGAAAUUUAGAAAAACAGCAGAAAAACUUAUUUAUAAUUAUUAUCAAAGAACCCUAUUAAAAUCUUUAAAAAAUAAAAAAAAUAUUUCCAAUAAGAAAAAAGACAAUGAAAAAAGAGUUUUAUUACAUAAAAAAGAAGUUUCUAAUAGAUUAAAAAAUAAUUCAUUAGACUCUUGUGGCAUAAUUGAUAAUGAUAAUUCUCUAAGUAAUAUAGUAGAAAAAGUUGGAAAUCUAACCAUAAGUAUGAAGGAUGUUUUAAAUUUUUGUAAUGAUGAUUUAGAUAAAAUUGAAAAUAAAGUGCUUAUGAUAACAAAUUCAAAUACUAUUAGUGAUGAAAAUAAUAAAAAUGAGGGAUUAGAUGAGAAUGAAUUAAUAAAUAAUGAUAAAAAGGAAAAAUAUAUUACCAAUAAUAAAUGUGAGGAUAUAAGCAAAGAAUAUAUAAUAAAUGAUGAAGAUGAUAAUGAAAGCGAUUCAAUAGGUGAUGAUGAAGAAAAAUCUACAAUUAAAAAAAAUGAUAUAAAUAAUCUUGAUAAUAAAAUAAAUGAAGAAAUAGUAAGAAAAAAGCAUAUUGCAAAAAAAAAAUACUAUGAAAACAUUCCUCAAAAUUUUAAAGGUUUUUUAUCUAUGAGAAGACCUGUAGAUAUUAUUGAUAUAAGUAAUUAUAAUACAGACAUUUUAGAAUAUACACAAAAAUACCAACAUAUAGGAGAAAAAUACAACAAUGUGUAUAAAGAAGAUGCUUUAUUAAAAGAUGAUUUUAAUUCAUCAAAUAAUUACAACUUAGUAUCAAAAAAUGAAAAAAAAAAUAAUUCGGAAGAUAUAGAAUAUAUACCAUCAUCUAAUGAUGAUUUUUUUUUAUUAGAAGAUAAGAAGGAUAGUACAUCUAAAAAAAAUGAUAAGGAAAAUGAAAGUAACACCUUAUAUGGAAUGGAAGUAAAUAGAAAAGAUAUAAAUAUUUUAGAAUUACCAUCUAAUAUUACAAGCUCUAAUAUUUUUUUAGAUGGGAAAGAUGAAUAUAAAGUUUAUUAUAUAAAUAAUGAAGAAAUUAAAAUUCCUUUAUUUAAAGAAAUAAAUAAAGAUGUUUUUGAAAAGUUACCAAUUAAAUUACAGUAUCAAAUUUUGCAAGAUAUAAAAGAAGAGUGGUAUGCUGAUAACAGAAUAAAAGCAAUAAAAUCAAAAGAUGAUAUGGAUGUUUUUUCACAGGUUCAGUUAGAAACAUAUGUAAGGAUGAUUAAAACUGACUUUGAAAUUGAAAAAUUAAAAAUUAAAAUGGCAGAAAAUAUACAAAAUGUAGAAGGAGAAUUAAUUAUAAACAAAGAGUUAUCAAAAAAUUUGGAAAAUUUAAAUGUUAGAGAUUAUAAUGAUAUUAAAAAAAAAAAAAAAAAAAAAAAAAAAUAUUUAAAUGAAAUAUUAAAUAACUGUUAUCUUAAUAAUAAAAACAAUCUUUAUGAUUUAAUGAUUAAUAAUGAAGAAGAAGAUGAGGAAAAAGUAAAAGAAAAAAGUAAUAACAUAAAAGAAUAUAAUUAUAAUGAUAAAGACACAUAUGAAAAUGUAGAAAUAAAAAACAACAAAAUGGAUAAAGAUGUUAAUAGAUUUGAAGAAGAAAAAAAAAAGUUCAUAAAGAUGGAGGAUGAUUUUAAAAAGGAUUUAUUAAUGGAUGAUAAACAAAUUUUUGGUGAUGAUUUUUUUGAUUUAGAUGAUGAUAAUACAAAUAGAGAUAUAAGUAAUAUGAAAUGCAUAGAUAAAUUAAACGAAAAUCAUAAGGAACAAAUUGAAUGUAUUUAUAUUGAAUCAAGUAAUGAGUAUGAAUUGAAUAAAAAAUAUAAUGCUUCUCAUUGGGAAAAAGAUGAUUUAAAAAAAAUUGUAAAUAAAAAUACAAAAUCUAAAAUAAAUUAUGAAAAUGGUAAAAUAAAAAGUAAAUUGCAAAAGAUAGAACAAAAGGAAAAUGAAAAAAGUAAUUUUUCUUCUAGUGAUGAUUUUGAAAAUUGUAGUGUAGAGGAAAAAAAAGAUAUUAAUGAGUUAGUACAUAUUAAAAAAGAUAUGGAAACACAUUCAAAUAACAAUAUUGAACUAUUCAAAGAAUACAACAAAAAGGGUUAUAAUAAUCUAAAAAUUAAUGACACAAAUGAAUUAAUAAAGAACAUUAAUACUGAUUAUUAUACUAAUAAUAAAACAUAUAUUAAAACCAAUGAAUUAGAAGAAAAAUUUACUAUGGAAAACGAAAAUCAUAUUAAUAUGAAAAAUAUAAAAACAAAUGAUACUUUUAAUUAUCAACAAAGAAUAAAAGAGGAUAUUAAUUUCAUAACAAAAGAAAAUGAAUUUAAAAUAAUUAAUCCAAAAGAAUUGAACAAAGACAUACAAGUAAAAGAAUCUUUAAAUAAUGAAAUUUUAUAUGAUAAUAUAAUUUAUAUAGAAAAAAAUAAAAAUAUUGAGGGAAGUAUAGAUAAUUGUUUUUCGUCCUAUGAAUAUAAAAAUACAUUGAAUUAUGAAGAUGAAAAUAUUCUGAUUAAUAAAGAUAAAAAUAUAUUGAUUAAUGAAGAUGAAAAUAUAUUGAUUAAUGAAGAUAAAAAUAUAUUGAUUAAUGAAGAUAAAAAUAUACUAAUUAAUGAAGAUAAAAAUAUAUUGAUUAAUGAAGAUGAAAAUAUAUUGAUUAAUGAAGAUAAAAAUAUAUUGAUUAAUGAAGAUAAAAAUAUACUAAUUAAUGAAGAUAAAAAUAUAUUGAUUAAUGAAGAUAAAAAUAUACUAAUUAAUGAAGAUAAAAAUAUAUUGAUUAAUGAAGAUGAAAAUAUAUUGAUUAAUAAAGAUGAGAACACACUGAAUUAUGAAGAUGAAAAUAUAUUGAUUAAUAAAGAUGAGAACACACUGAAUUAUGAAGAUAAAAAUAUAUUGAUUAAUGAAGAUGAAAAUAUAUUGAUUAAUGAAGAUAAAAAUAUAUUGAUUAAUGAAGAUAAAAACAUACUGAAUAAUAAAGAUAAAAAUAUACUAAUUGAUGAAUAUAAGAAUACAUUGCAUGAUGAAGAUAAAAAUAUACUAAUUGAUGAAUAUAAGAAUACAUUGCAUGAUGAAGAUAAAAAUAUAUUGAUUAAUGAAAAUGAAAAUAUAAUGAAAGAUAUGGAUAAAAAUACACUGAUUAACGAAAAUGAAAAUAUAAUGAACAAGGAAGAUAAGAAUAUAUCGAAGAGUGAAGAUAAAAACAAUAUUGAUGAAAUUAAAAAAAAGGGUAAAAUAAAUAAAAUUAUGAGUAAGCAACAAAUAAAUAAUAUAUUAUUAAAUAAAUGUGACUUAAAUAAAAUUGAAAAGGAAAAUUUUUUUGAACAAUUGCUAAAUAACAAAGAGAUAAUGGAUAAAUUUAGUGUGCAAGUAGAAGAGAAGGAAAAACUGAAAGAAGAUAAAAAUGAUGAGUAUGCUUAUUAUGAAUAUUUAGAAGAUAAUAAAAUUAUUGAUUCUUAUAUAAAUAAAACGAAUAAAGAAAAUGAAGAAUUAAUAAAGGAAUUUAAAAGGUUAAAAAAAAAUAACAUAGAAAUAAAUGAUGAAAUGAAUGAUGAUGUAAAAAUUCUUCUAGAUUUUUUUGGUAUUCCUUAUAUUCAAUCUCCGUGUGAGGCAGAAGCUCAAUGUUCAUAUUUAAAUAAUAAAAAUUAUUGUGAUGCAAUUAUAAGUGAUGAUUCAGACGUUUUAGUAUUUAAUGGAAAAACAGUAAUUAAAAAUUUUUUUAAUAAAAAAAAAACGGUCGAAGUGUAUGAAAAGAAAAUAAUAGAAGAUAAAUUGGGUUUAUAUCAGGAAGAAUUAAUUAACAUAUCUUUAUUAUGUGGUUGUGAUUAUACAACUGGAGUUCAUGGAAUAGGUAUUGUUAACGCUUUAGAAAUAAUUAAGGCUUUUCCUACUUUUGAAGAUUUAAAAAAGUUAAAAGAUAUUGUAUCUAACCCAUUUAGAGAAAUAAAUGAAGAUGAAUAUAGUGAAGAAAUAAAAACUUUUCUAAACACACACAAAAAUUAUAAAUUAAAUUGGAUAUUUCCAAAUAAUUUUCCAGAUAGAGAAGUAUAUAAAUGCUUUAAGUAUCCAAAAGUUUGUACAGAUAUUAAAAAAUUUCAGUGGAAUUUUCCUAAUAUAAAUAACAUUUGUAUUUUUUUAAAUAAAACAACUAAUAUUCCUAAAGAAAAAAUUUUUAACGUUUUAAACCCAAUUUUGCAAAAAUACGAUAUAAAAAUUAGAAGCUAUCAAUUAAAGAUAGAAGAUUUUUUUCCCAUUAUUGAAAGAAAGAGAAAAAAUAUAAAUGAUUUAAUUGAUACAGUUAGAGAAAAUAAAAAAAAUAAAAAGAAAUUUAAUGAAAAUAUGGAAUUAGAUAAGAAUGUAUCAACUUUGAUUGAUAUUAAUCCAGCAGGAAUAAUUAAAUCAAAGAGAAUGACAACAGCAUUAGAUUAUUUAAAAAGAAGAAAAAGUAAAAAAAAAAAAUAG